CAUACCAGUGUCUUCAUCCCUUUCAAGAUGGCUUCGGCCAAGAAGAAACUGGACGAAAAGAACCUCAAACUCCUUCGUGAGCUAGCUUCUCAGCCACACAACAAAAAAUGCUUCGACUGUGGUCAACGAGGACCCACUUACGUAAAUAUGACGAUCGGAUCUUUCGUUUGUACCUCUUGCAGUGGAAUUUUACGAGGUUUAAAUCCACCACAAAGAGUAAAGUCGAUAUCGAUGACGAGUUUUACUCAACAAGAAAUAGAAUUCUUACAAGGAGCGGGAAAUGAGAUGUGUAAAAAGACUUGGUUAGGUUUAUGGAACUCAGCAAACAACCCAGAACCUGAAUCAAGAGAUGAACAAAAAGUUAAAGACUUCAUGAUACAAAAGUAUGAAAGGCGGCGGUGGUAUAUACCUCCGCAGCAAGUCAUUAAUUCAAGUUCAAACAGUAAUGCAACACCUGAAGCCAAACCCUUAAAACAGCUCUUAGGAAAAGAUUCUCCCAAUUUACAAGUUAGUAAUAGUUCACCCACAGUUACUGCAUCCAGAGAAAGACCUCGCACUUCUAGUCAGACAAGCAUACCCAGUGCAGUUCCUCCUCCAGUCAGUCAUCCUGAACCAGUACCACAGGCAGCUAAACCUGCAACAUCAUUUGACCUGCUGUCUGAUUUAGGUGCUGAUCCAUUUGCCCAGCAAACACAACAGACUCAAGGCUUUGGGGCUUUUAAUUCUCAGCCUCAGCAGCCUUCUGGGGGAAUUCCUGGUUUUGGUGCAUUUAAUCAACCACCCCCUGCUGCUCAACCGUCUCAACCAGCUUUUGAUCCAUUUGGAUCAAUGCAGUCAGCGCAACCAGCACAGCCUACACAACAAGCAGGAUUUGCUAACUUUGGACAACAACCACAGCAGCCUCAUCAACCACUUCAACARCAGCAAUCUUUUGAUGCAUUUGGUGCAUUUAAUUCUCCACCAUCAUCUGCUCCWGCUCCUCAGAGCAGUGGUUUUGGUCCAAUGGUAUCAGCUUCAGCACCAAUGACCACUCCAGCCUCCAAUCCAACACAGAGUAUGGGAGAUAAGUAUGCAGCAUUAAGUGAGCUGGAUAAUUUGUUUGGACCAAGUCCUAGUAGCUCUAGUAGCACCCAUAGUGUGUCAACUAGUGGUGAUUCAGUAUUUGGUAUGAGUAGCACAUCUUCAGGUAUGUCUUCUGGACCUAAUCCUUUCUCAAGUGGAAGUGUACCCACACAGCAAUCAGCACCAUCAUCUAAUCCAUUCCAAGGUCUUGGUAACCUUAGUGGAUCUGGAGGAUCCUUUGCUACAAUGAAUGGCCCAGGUCGAAGUAUGAGUCCAGCCAGUAGUGCUUCCACRGGGAUAACCUCCAGUGCUGGAUUUGGAAAUUUUAGUAGUGCUCAGUCCUCUAGUACAUCCUUUGGUCAACCAGURGCACAGCAACCCCAAGCAAUGUCAGGUUGGGGUGGACAAGCUAUGGGUAUGCAAUCAAGCACUGCAUCACAAAAUUUCAGCUUAGGAGGAGCAGGCAUGACUGUAAUGGCUGCUAACCAGUUUGGUAAAAUGGGAAAUCAACCUGGAAGUUUUGGGGGCAUGCAAAGUGGUUUUGGAGGAGGCACACAAAUGGGAGGGAAUACUGGAAUGGGUACAACACAGUCUUCAGCUCAAUUUGGUCAAUGGGGAUCCCAAAGUACCCAGGGACCAGCAACCAGUCAAUCAGGAUCAUUUGGUAGUCUUGGRACACAAGGUCAAGUUGAUGGWUUUGGUGGACAAUCCCAARGUUUUCGAAAUAUGCAAAGUGGCUUUGGUGGUCAACAGUCAACCUUUGGAGUGCAACAGUCAGGCUUUGGGGGCCAACAAUCAGGCUUUGGAGGUCAGCAGGCAGGUUUUGGUGGACCACAGGCAGGAUUUGGGGGUCCACAGACUGGAUUUGGGGGACAGCAAUCUGGUUUUGGAGGACAACAGGCUAGUCUUGGAGGACAACAAGGAGGUCAGUUUGGUCAGUUUGGAGGUCAACAACAGACAAGCAGUGGCUUUGGGGGAUCUGKUGGUGGAUUUAGCGGACAGGGUGGCAGUGCAUUUGGUGGUCAGUCAAUGGGUCAAGGAAGCAACUUUGGGGGUGCAAUGAUGGGUGGAAGUCAGUUUGGUCAACAACAACAACAACAACAGUUUGGUGGAUGGCAGCAAAAUUCUCAACCAAAUCCAUUUAUGGGUGGCGGAGGACAACCACAAAUGCAACAACAGUCAACAAACCCAUUUAUGUAGUGAAAAAUCAAAAAAUAAGCAUAAUAAGUAUAUGUACUGCCUCUACAACUAUGCAGAAUGACAACAAUAACAACUGUCCAAGGCAAGCAGUAGAGACASUUUUGUAAAUGGUCACAGUUGUGUGAUUGUGUAUAGGUACAUUAAUUUCUAGGAUAAGGGAUGAUUAUAUCAGUUGUUGGGAAGUUGCAGGGACACAUAUGUACAAAACCAGACAACAAUAAAUGAGCCAGUGCAAUAUGAUAUGAUGAACUGUCCAUACCGGAUGAGUAUGUUGAUAGUAAUCAUAAUGCCUUGAGAGUUCAUUAGCGCAAACAAGCAGCAAUUUCAAAUGCCAYCCUUUUAAGUAAUGCUGCCAUAGCAUACUACUACUGCAAUUUUGUGAAGUAUUAACAAGCAUGAUGUAAACCAUUUCUCUGUUCUGUACAAAAUUAGCAAAUUAACCUAACAGAGCAAAGAAAGUAAGAAUAAUAAACCUACUAAACUAUUGUCCCAACACUCCUUUUGCAUUCUGAUUGGCUAUUUUACUACUAAGAMAGCAUAAUAGUUAAUUUGCACUGAYAGCAAAAGUCAAAGAAGCAAAAAUAUUUUGUGAAGAUUUAUAUGAAUUUUAUYUAGAAUUUACCUUUCAUUUUAUCCAUUCAAUGAGAUAUUCAAGAUGACAAUAGUAUAUUAUGCUGAAUAUGGAUAUUGUGUUGAUUUGAGUUUGUCACUGUAGAUUAUUUUGCCUUCAAAGUGCUGUUAUGACUAAUUAGUAGGUAUAUUAUUGUUGGAAAACACUUUUAUUAGACCUUUGGGUCUUUUGGACUACUAUGCAAUAGUUUAUUACAUCUUGAUGGAUGGGUUUUUUACAUUGCCUAGAAGCCCACUUGUUGUAAAGGUCUAAUUAUUGAAUAUUGUAUUUCUUGCUUCUCGUUAGUUGAAUUAUCAUUACUGUAGAAAAUUAUUUGAGUACUAGCAUGGCAUGUAUACAAUGCCCACCAAAAAUAGUCAUAUAUUCAACUUUUCCAAAUAAGCUUCAGUUGUUAAAAGCUUUACCUUGAUUUAGAUAGCUUUAUAUUAAUUGCUCAAGUGCUACAUUUCUAACCAUUAUCUUUAUGCAGAUCAAUKUGUUAAGUUUUAUAAAAUACAAGAAGAUCAUCCUUGUAGGAUGGACAGAAGCUAGUAGAAAGCUUUUAUAUUUUGCUUUAGUCAUGAAUCAGGAUUUUUGUCUUAAUAAAGACAACCUUUACUCAGAGUAAUUAUACUAAACUAUAGUCCACUUCAAUUAAGACACCAGACUGGCUCUUCASUCAAGUUUGUGKCUAGACAAARCAAAUUUAGACAGAAGAAUACAGCUGACAGAAUGUUUUGUYAUWCAAAUGGCUUUGGCUUCCCAAACUCAUUUGGUAUGUUGCACAAAAUUGACCUUGAAUGACUAUAUAAUACCAACACUCAACAGAUAACAAAGCUCUUAGGAUUAGUAUCAACCUUUUGUGUGUAUUCUGGAUAAAUUUCGUAUCAUUUAGUGACUCAAGCAUUCAUUCUCAUACAUGUGUAGGGUCACAAAAAACUGUUUUCAAAAUUUUAUAUUUGAUGAUUUGUUUGCUCAGUGGUGGAACUGAAAAUUAAUGAUUAAAAUAUUGAAUUAAUUGCAGCCAGCUCUCUUAGAAUAUUAUUGACUUGCAGCUUUAGGCAACUAUUAACAGAUUUUUCAUUAAUCACAUUUUUUCCCUUGAUGAUACUGUGUUUGUAAAAUAUUGAUAKUCUGAUUUGCAAUUAUAUUUGAGUGAUCGUUAUAUGAUUUGAUUUGAAAAAUCACUGACCUAUGCCAUUAAGUGUUACCAAUGUUCAAGUGUAUAUUAUGUCAUGGGAGGUAUACAUGUAGAUGUUUUCAAUAGACUUAAAUUGGAUUCAUUUGUUAUUGGUAUAUUAGGAAAAUUAAGUGGACAAUUAUAACUGAGUCGGGUUCUAUUUCCUAAUUACUAAUAGCAAUUCCCUAUGAUAGUGUAAUGAUUAUAAUUAUGUUUUAUUACUCUCAUGACCCRUAAUGCAAAUUAAUGGUAGAGUUCUUACACUAAAUUCAAAUUAUUGUAAAACAAUUGGUUUAGCCCUAUCAAAUCUGCCAAUUUGAAUAUAUUUUGGUCAAAUGACUUAUGAUUAUUUUGUUAACAAAUUUCUAAUUCAAAGCAAAUYGCUAUGUUUGUGAUGAAACUAUAUUACUGCUCAAGUAAUUUAGAAUUAUAAUCGAAAAUGCUUUAAGUUUUAAAAGCUGCUGUAUGUUGUAAUAUUUAUGGCAUAGGAGUUGUUCUCACRCACAAUGACAGUCGGACAGUGCUUAUAGUCUUUGUAAAGGUGGCAGUGCUUUAUAGUUGUUUAUCAACAACAAAUUUUAGUUCUUUACAAAAUUGAUUACUAAUAUAAUGUAAGUAGACCAAAAAUGUUGCAAAUAUAUUUUUGCAUUGUAAACAUUAGUAUUAGAUGUGUAAUAAAGAAAGCCUCAGUUGGCUUAAUCGUGAUGGAUUCA